AUGGCGUACCGUGGCCAGGGCCAAAAAGUGCAGAAGAACCUCAUCUUCAGAUACUUGCAAAAUAGAUCUCGGAUUCAGGUGUGGCUAUAUGAGCAAGUGAAUAUGCGGAUAGAGGGCUGUAUCAUUGGUUUUGAUGAGUAUAUGAACCUCGUAUUAGAUGAUGCAGAAGAGAUUCAUUCUAAAACAAAGUCAAGAAAACAGCUGGGUCGGAUCAUGCUAAAAGGAGAUAAUAUUACUCUGCUUCAAAGUGUCUCCAACUAGAAAUGACUAAUGAAGUGAGAAAUUGUUGAGACGGCAAUACAGUUUGUGUUUUUUAGGUCUCCUUUGUUAGGAGCAUAGUUCUUAAACGUUUAUUCAUAUUGCUCCAAUUACUCUUAUGUUAUUACCAGAUGACAAUAAAUGCUGAGGAAUUGUUUUUAUUA